CGUAGUUUGAGGCGGAAUGCAAAAUUCUUCAAAACCUCCAGCACAAAAACGUAGUUACGUUAUUGGAGUUUAUCAUUUCACAUACUUCACCGCCAGUGCUGAUAACUGAACUCUUGGAUUGUGACUUAAGAAAGCAUAUUGAUAAUUGUCGUCCAGAGAAGAUUCCGUAUUCGGAAACUGUCUCGAUUAUGCUAGACGUAGCGGAAGGUCUCACGUAUCUUCAUCAACAAGAUCCGCCGAUAAUUCAUCGAGACUUGGCCAGCAAAAACGUACUUCUUACCAAGAAAAGGCAGGCUAAGAUUGCUGAUGUCGGUGUUGCUAAAAUGCUAUCAGAAGGCGAACAAAUGUAUUGUUCUCCUGUGCCCGGAACCCCAGUUUAUGCUGCACCAGAAACGUUUGUACCAGGCUAUGAUCCAAGGUUUGCUAUGCUUGGAGGCUGCCGAGUCGAAUAUGACACCAAGAUUGACAUCUUUUCCUUCGGAAUCACUUUGAUGGAAGUUAUAAAUGGAAAGCUUCCUUCGCCACAACCAUGUGUACCUUUUGCGAGCGAUGGUCGACAAAUUCCAGAAAGGGAGCGUCGUAAGCGUGACAUAGGGAUGAUGGGUGAGCAUAAACUUAAGGAGAUUGUCUUUAAAUGUAUCGAAGAUUCCAGUGAGAGGAGACCUGGCGCUGAGGAGCUCAUUGAGUUGUUUCAGUGCGAAUCUGCAAAGAUAAAACAAAAAGAACACAUUGCGAAGGGGGGAAAAACUCCGAAGAUUGAUGUUGUUCUUCUCGGAGGGUCCGGUGUAGGAAAGUCAUCCCUCAUUUUACGAUACUGUGAACACAGCUUCUUUGAUAAAAUUGUUCCUACGGUUGGCUUGGAAUUUGCGAUUUCUACGAUCCGUCUGCACGACCGAGAGUUUACUUUAAAAAUUUCUGAUACUGCAGGGCAAGAAAAGUGUCAAUCCAUUGUUCCACAGCUCAUACGAAACGUUCAAGGUAUUGUUAUUGUGUAUGAUGUAACAAAUAGGUCUUCUUUCAUUAAAGGAGUUCCCAGAAUGCACAAGUUUAUUAAAAAGUAUGCACCCGAUAAUGUGAGUUUAACUUUAGUAGGUAAUAAAGCAGAGGAGGCAUGACGGGUCAUCUCUAGAGAAAAUGGGGAAAAUUCUGCCAAAUAGCUUGGCAUUAGCCACAUCGAGACCAGUGCAAAAAGUGGCCUUAAUGUUGAAGAAAUGUUUAGAAUGAUUGCAAAUGAGAUCUAUGACAACUUAGAUUUGUCUGAUAUUGAUGUUUACAUA